AUAAAAGUGAUAUACAGAAUGAGACUAUAUCUGCUUUUCAUGAUGAGGGCCUCACAGAGACUGAAAAAGCCCUUCAAGCGUUUGAUUUGAAUUAUAAAUAUGGACCGUGUGUUGGGCUAAAAAGGUUAGAUCGUUGGGAAAGAGCAAGGAAAUUUGGGUUGAAUCCACCAACCGAGGUUAAGGAAUUGUUGUUGACAACCGUUGGACUUGAAGAAAGUAUAUUUCAUGGAAGAGUCUAA